AUUGAUCUAUUCUUCACAAAACCAAAGUGCUAUUACGAAAAAUAUUAACUAGCAGUCUAGCAUUAUCUCCAUCUCCGCUAACUGCAACAGCCAUGAGUUUGAGGUUAGAAAAACAUGAGCAUUAUGUAGAUCUCGUCAAACAACGUGAUGGCUUGGAAUGCGAUGUUUGCGAUCGAUCGUAUGGUGAUGGCUUCUAUUGCUCUGAAUGUAAAUUUACAGUUCACAGGAAAUGCGCGGUUGUGUUUUUGUUAAAAGAUAUAUUCGACCAUCCUUCUCAUGUUGGACAUUAUCUUAAGCUCCUCACAACCGGAGCUCCCGACCACACCGACCCAAAAUGCCAUCUCUGUGGUAAAAAUACCAAGCGCAUUCUUUACCAUUGCUCCAUUUGCAAACUCAAUUUGGAUAUUGAUUGCAUCUUUGAUUACUUUAGUGAUCAGCAAGCCCAUCUGAAUUUUUCGUGGCACCACCAUCCUCUACACUUUAUUAGUUUUCGUCUUCACUUGCAGUGCGACGUUUGUUAUAUGUUCCGCAGAAAAGGUUACUUUUGCUUUCAGUGCAAGUUGGUAGUUCAUAAGGAAUGCGUCUCAAAAAUUGAAUCAGCAGUGAUCACUCAUCCUUUUCAUGCUAGACACCCUCUUAAGCUACUCACAGAUGGAGCUCCAGAUUACACAGAUCCAAAAUGUCAUAUAUGUGGAGUCGAAACUGCAAACUUACUUUAUCAUUGUGAUAUGUGUAUGUUCAACCUGGAUAUUGGUUGUGCAAUUCGAAACCCGGAACGAGUUUCUCUUUCAAAGCUAAAGGUACAUGAGCAUACACUCACACUCAUGCCAAAAUUGAUGUUCUUUGUUUGUGAUGCUUGUGGGAUGAAAGGUGACCAUGCUCCUUAUGUGUGUGUGCAAUGUGAUUUUAUGUUCUUCCAUCAAAAAUGUGCUUAUUUGCCACGGGUCAUUAAUGUCAAUCACCAUGAGCACCGCGUUUCCUACAAGUAUCCUCUUGGUCCUGGAGACUGGAUAUGUGGAGUUUGUUGGGAAGAGAUUAAUUGGUCAUAUGGGGCUUAUUCUUGUUCAUCUUGUCCUAACUAUGCUAUUCAUUCAAGAUGUGCAACAAGGAAAGACGUGUGGGAUGGGAAAGAGCUCGAUGGAGUACCAGAACUUAUUGAAGAUAUCAAGCCAUUUAAGAUGAAUGAUGACAACACAAUCACUCACUUCGCUCAUGGACAUAACUUGAGCCUCAACAAAGACACUGAAGAAGGCAGCUUUUGUGAAGCAUGUGUUCUUCCCAUCGACUCUUACACAUCCUACAAGUGUUCAAAAUCAGAUUGUUGUUUUAUUCUCCAUGAAACUUGUGCUAAUUUUCCUAAGAAGAAACGUCAUUUUUUGAGCCCAGAACCUCUCACCCUUCGCCCCCAAAACCAACGCAAGAAAGAAAGUAUUUGCCGCGCUUGCGAUCAAGUUUUUUGCCAAGGAUUCGUCUACUCUACAUAUCGGAAACGGAACUUUGACUUGUUGUGCAGUUCAAUUACUAUGCCUUUUAAACAUCGAAGCCAUGAUCAUCAUUUACUCUACCUCAAACUAGAGGUUGAUCACACGAAGACUUGCCAAAACUGCGGCAUUGACGAAAAAGAAGUCGUCCUAGGUUGUUUAAAAUGCAACUACUUUUUGGAUUUUCGUUGUGCCACUCUACCAUAUACAGUAAGGCUUCCCAGGUACGAUGAUCAUCCACUCACUCUUUGUUAUGGUGAAAAGGCAAGCGGAAAAUAUUGGUGUGAUAUUUGCGAAAGAGAAACAAAUUCAAAGACUUGGUUCUACACUUGUAAAGGUUGCGGGGUCACUUUGCAUGUCUUUUGUGUACUUGGGGAUAUUCGAUAUGCUAAACCAGGAGGAAGCAUCAACAACAAUGUUGAAUUGGUGCCUAACAAUAGAUCUUCAAGACCACUUUGCCACAAUUGUCAUUGUCAUUGCCCAGGUCCCUUCAUUCUUAAGGAUUUUGUCGAAGAAUGUUUUUGUUCUUACUAUUGUUUCAGCCGUUGCAAAUCCUGGAUGUCCAUCGUGAAGAAGGAAAAAGGCAUAUGCCCUCCAUGGGCAUUAUAAAUAAAUACGAUAUCCGGAUCCGGGAUUCAGUUAUACAGGACCACACGUGACACUCACACGUGCGACAUCAAGUGGACAAAAAGAAGAAUAAAGAAGCAACGCGUGGCAGAGGGGGAUUGGAGGACUGCACAUGGCCGUUGUGACCCGACUAUAUGAGCAUUGUUAGCUCACCUUUUCCUUUUAUCGAAUAUUUUGUGAACUCUCAAUUUCUCUGUAAACUUUGCUAGAUUUCUCUCAUCUUGAGAGCUGGCUUAUCGUUUGGGUGUUUUCUAUGAACAUCGAUUCGAUUGUUACUGGUUACGGAGUUUAAUCUGAGUUUCUUAUUAUUCAUUGGAGUGAUCGGAGGUUUCGCUGUAUCAUUCAGACAAGUAUCCAUGUUUCUCUUGUUGGUAAGAGUUACAAUUCCAUCUUUUUGCUUCUUGUUUGUCAUUUAAACUAAUGAAAAAGCCAAAAAGUUUUAAUCUGCCAAAAGAAAAAGUUUUCUUGUGUUUGCGUAUUUUCUGUUCGUUUCAGUCACUGAGGUCAACAUAACAGUUCCAGUUUUUGUCGAUUCUGGUUCAGUCAUGCAAAUGUGUGACAAAGAUGGUUUUUAAUUUUCUAGUUAAAUUUUGAGGUAUGGUUUCCCUGAAUCAUUACAUAACUGAAGAGAUUGUGGUUUGUGAAAUCUUACA